GGCACUACCACCUGUACGACAUUUUAGGUUAGUGUUGUUUGGUCUUUGCACGUGUAUAAUAUCAAAUAAAACUAAGAAAAAGUGAAUAAAAUCAAUAAAAAAUCGUCAAAAUGAGUGUGAUGAAACGGGUUGUAAAAUCGGUCUCACGCAAAGGUAAGAAAGUUUUGUUAUCGCGCGAGCCUCAACUGGUUGAAGGACCCAAACGGACCCUCUUCUUACAAGGAAGGAAGACUUCGGAUAUGGUUCGCGACCUAUUAAAAGAUAUGUACAAUAUUAAAAAGCCGGAUGCUUUAAAACUCAGUAAGAAAAAUGACGUCACCGUAUUUGAGAAUAUCAACCCUUUAGAACAAUUAUGUAAAAAACAUGAAGCUUCUCUUUUCGUUUUUGGAUCUCAUAAUAAAAAACGUCCCGAUAACAUAACAUUUGGAAGGAUGUUUGAUUAUAAUUUAUUAGAUAUGAUUGAAUUGGGUAUUGAGCAUUACAUGGGUUUAAAUGAAUUUCCUGGCCCAAAAAUUACACUUGGCACAAAACCUUGCUUAAUAUUUAAUGGUGAAAUUUGGGAUAAACAAGAAGAUUUAAAACAUUUAAAAUCGAUUUUUGUUGACAUGUUUCGAAGAGAAACCACAGAUUCAGUUCGAUUACAAGGAUUAGAACAUGCAAUUAGUUUUAAUGCCACUAAUGAAAAGGUUUUUAUUAGAUCUUAUAGGAUAGUAUUAAAAAAAUCUGGUUGUAAAACACCUAGAAUUGAACUCGAUGAAAUUGGACCGAGAAUGGACUUUACAAUUAGACGUAGUAAACUCCCAACAGAAGAUCUCAUGAAACAAGCUUCCAAAAAACCAAAAGAAUUAAAAGAAAAACCCAAGAAAAACAUUUCUAUAGAUAAAUUGGGUACGAAACAUGGUCGUAUUCAUGUUGGAAAACAAGAAAUUGCUAAAAUUCAAGUGAGAAAAAUGAAAGGAUUGAAAAAAACCGCAGCUGAUAAAGAAAUGGGCCCCCCGGCGAAACGCAAUCGGAAUAAUUAAGGAAAAUUGUGCCAUAAUUUAUUUUAAGGUAUAUUUUCAUUAAGUUUUGUAAAUACUGUUUCUUUUGUAUUUUUUAGAAUCAAGAAUAACUAGGAUUAAUUAUUGUAAAUUAGUUUUAAUUAUGA